AUGAAGUACCUUGUCAAUCUUGAUCCAGUUAUGGAUGCAUUUCCAGAGUCCAUAUUAGGUUUGCAUUAUUACAAAUUUCUUAUACUAAAUCUUCUGAGGAGGAAUGAUGAUAAUGAGUCCUUUCUUGUGUUGGGCAUACCUGGUAAAGCCAUUCGUUACAAUAUCAAGGACAAGACUUUCAAGAAGCUUUGUGACUUUCCCCCAGGUCAUCUAAAUUUUGAGCCUGACCAUGCCCCAAUGUCUGGAUCAUCUGGACUUAAGGUAAGCUGUGAUGGGGCCUUCAAGGGUGAAAAUGCUGCAGUGGGAAUAAUUGUAAGCGACAUCAACGGUAAGUCACAGUCAACGUCCGUGAAACUGCGCGCCCACCAAUUUAUACACAAAGUCCUCUCAUUCCGGCGACAGCCCAACACUGACACCACAAAAUCUGCCACAAUUAUGGCCGCCGAGAGCAUACCAUCGGCCCAUAGAGUCACCGGCGACGACGACCUCUUGACGGGGAUACUAAUCCGCCUACCCACAAAACCACUCCUCCGUUUCAAGUCCGUUUCCAAACACUGGCUCUCUCUCAUCACCAGCCCAUAUUUUUAUCGCCGCCGAAGCCAAGGCAUUACCACUCCCUCCGGCUUAUUCUUGCGCCGAUAUUCUUCCCCGAAACAUGACUUUAUCCCCCUGGACGGUACAAGCGCAACCAAACCCCACUUCAGAACUCUCAAUAUUGUCGAACGCGGUGGUAUACAAAUCUCGCAAUCUUGUAAUGGUUUAUUGUGUUGCUUUACCGUUCAAAGAACUAAUGCUCCGUGCAAAUAUUAUAUCUGCAAUCCUACUACCCAAAAAAUCACCACACUUCCUGAUCCUAGUGGUCGGAUUUUCAAUUACACUCGCGGUGUUCAAUUGGCCUUUGAUCCGUCGAAAUCAUCAUGCUACAAAGUUGUUUGUGUUUAUUCCGCCGUGGGACUGUCUGGCCAUUAUGAAAUUGAAGUAUAUUCAUCUGAAACCGGCAUUUGGAGUCGCUCUGGUAAUCCUUUCCGCUCAUCUGUUAAAUUUAAGCAAGGGGUUUUCUGGAAUGGUGCUAUUAAUUGGUUCAGCUCCUCGGAUGAAUUUUUGUGUUUUAAUGUUGACGAAGAACUCCUUCGAACACUGUCAAUGCCACCAGUCCCCAGUGGUGGUGAGAGGAGGUUCGUUAAAUACUUCGUGGAAUCUAAUGACCAUUUGCAUCUUAUUGAGAAUUAUGGUCCUCCUACGUCACAUGUCAUUGUCUAUGAGAUGCCAAGAGACUAUUCUGGUUGGUUUGUGAAGUACAUUGUUGAUCUUGACGCAGUUAUGAAAGCAUUUCCAGGGUCCAUUAACGAAGGUGUUGACCCAUCAGACGUGAAUUACUACAUGUUUCUUAUACUAAAUCUUACACGAAUGGAUGACGAUGAUGAGUCAUUUCUAUUGUUUACCUUACCAGGUAAGGCCAUGCGUUACAAUUUGUCGGACAGGACUUUUAAGAUUGCUUUAGACUUGGAUGAAGGUCAAAGCGGGAUUGCCCCAAUUGUCCCAUGGGCUGUUGCAUUUCCAUACAUUGAAACUUUGGCUUGUGUCUGAUAAUAUUUCUUGCAAGAGCCAGUAGAGUCCCCUGUUUUCACUCUGUUGUUGUUACAUUUAUGGAAUUGCAAGCAUGUGUGUGGUGACCAUACUUUUUGUUUCUUUGAGCUGAUGAAUUUUUAGAUUUGAUGGGAAUGCUGAAGGCAGGACUAGUGCAGCUGGAUCACCUCCUUUUCAGGG